GUUAGACUGUGUCGAUCCAAAAGUACUGGUGAAGUAUUUGCCAUGAAGAAAUUGAAGAAAUCAGAGAUGCUUAGCCGUGGGCAGGUUGAGCAUGUCAGAUCUGAGAGGAAUUUGCUAGUAGAGGUUGAUAGUCGGUGCAUAGUGAAACUAUUCUAUUCUUUCCAAGAUUCAGAUUUCUUGUACCUUAUCAUGGAAUACUUACCUGGUGGUGACAUUAUGACCUUACUGAUGAGAGAAGAUAUUCUUUCUGAAGAUGUCGCACGGUUCUAUAUGGCAGAAAGUAUUUUAGCAAUUCAUUCUAUUCAUCAGCACAAUUAUGUGCACAGGGAUAUUAAGCCUGAUAACCUUAUACUGGACAAAAAUGGACAUCUUAAGCUUUCUGAUUUCGGUUUAUGUAAACCACUGGAAAACAAAUACUCAUCACUGCUGGAAGAUGAAGAUCUGACAAAUCAGGAGUCCAUAAGUGUGACUGCUGUUAGUGAUAGUGCUCCCUGGUUAAUGCAAAAAGACCAAUUACAACAAUGGAAACGCAACCGCCGUGCCUUGGCAUAUUCUACUGUGGGAACUCUGGAUUAUAUGGCACCUGAGGUUUUGUUGAAAAAAGGAUAUGGAAUGGAAUGCGAUUGGUGGUCAUUGGGGGCAAUCUUGUAUGAGAUGCUUGUAGGUUAUCCUCCCUUCUGUUCAGAAGAUCCAAGAAUGACAUGUCGCAAGAUUAUCAAUUGGAGAGCAUGCUUGAAAUUCCCGGAUGAACCAAAAGUGCCAGAUGAGGCUAAGGAUCUGAUCUGUCGUUUGCUGUGUGAUGUUGAAUCAAGAUUGGGGACCAGAGGAGUGGAAGAAAUAAAGGCUCAUCCUUGGUUCACAGGAACUAAGUGGGAUGCGCUUUACGAAAUGGAAGCUGCCUACAAGCCCAUUGUUACUGGAGAACUAGACACUCAGAAUUUUGAGAAGUUUCCCGAAGUAGAAGAUGCACAAUCAACAGCACCAAGAGUGGGACCCUGGCGAAAGAUGCUGACAUCAAAAGACGCCAAUUUUAUUGGGUAUACUUUCAAGAAAUCAGACAUUCUUAAAUCAGCUGGAACAUCAGGGAUAGACGCGAGCUCAAAUGGAUUGAAGCCUCCUCCAUCUUUAGUUUCAUUAUUUGGUCGUGUAGACUUGCAAGAUGCAACAAAGGAGGAAGACCAAAAGAGGAACAACUGACUUUGGUGUCCCGUUUGUAAAGGACAACAGCACGAAUUUCUUUUGUACAAAAAGGAGAGAAUAAACAGUCAGCAUUAAUUUCUCUACAGUUUUUGAGUUUCACUUUUGCUCCAUCUGGCCUUCACCAUGUAAUGGUAAAUGUAUAGGCAAACUUAUACAUGGCUCAAUUUAAUCAAAAAAACAUUUAUGGGAAAUAUCAAUUUUACUUCAAA